CGCGGGGAGGGCGCAGGAGGCGGCAAGAAAGUAGCAGAAAGUGAGGCUGGCAGGCAAAGGAGCCGGUGCGCGGCGGCGGCAGGAAGUCUGUGCCCGAGACCGGCAGAAAUAAGAGCCAGGGAGGGACCGCGGCGGCGGCGGCGGCGAGAGCGAAAGAGGAAACUGCAGAAGAGGAAGCUCUGCGGCGGCCCCGCGCCCGCGGCCCGCGCCCCGCAUCCCCGCGCCGCCCCUGCGCCCGCGCCGCGCCCCCGGCGCCCCCUCCCCAGCGCGCCCCCGGCCGCCCCUCCGCGCCGCGCCCGUCUGCCAUGGCCCGCGAGAACGGCGAGAGCAGCUCCUCCUGGAAAAAGCAAGCCGAAGACAUCAAGAAGAUCUUCGAGUUCAAGGAGACCCUCGGAACUGGGGCCUUUUCUGAAGUGGUUUUAGCUGAGGAGAAGGCAACUGGAAAGCUCUUUGCGGUGAAGUGCAUCCCUAAAAAGGCGCUGAAGGGCAAAGAAAGCAGUAUAGAGAACGAGAUUGCCGUGCUGAGAAAAAUUAAGCAUGAAAAUAUUGUUGCCCUGGAAGACAUUUAUGAAAGUCCAAAUCAUUUGUACCUGGUCAUGCAGCUCGUAUCCGGUGGAGAGCUGUUUGAUCGGAUAGUGGAGAAGGGAUUUUACACAGAGAAAGAUGCCAGCACUCUGAUCCGCCAAGUCUUGGAUGCUGUGUACUAUCUCCACAGAAUGGGCAUUGUCCACAGGGACCUCAAGCCCGAAAACCUGUUAUACUACAGUCAAGAUGAGGAGUCCAAAAUAAUGAUUAGUGACUUCGGACUGUCCAAAAUGGAAGGCAAAGGGGAUGUGAUGUCCACAGCCUGCGGGACCCCAGGCUAUGUCGCUCCGGAAGUUCUGGCCCAGAAACCGUACAGCAAAGCCGUCGACUGCUGGUCCAUUGGGGUGAUUGCCUACAUCUUGCUCUGUGGCUACCCUCCUUUUUAUGAUGAAAACGACUCCAAGCUCUUUGAACAGAUCCUCAAGGCGGAAUAUGAAUUCGACUCCCCGUACUGGGAUGAUAUCUCUGACUCAGCAAAAGACUUUAUACGGAAUCUGAUGGAGAAAGACCCAAAUAAAAGAUACACCUGUGAACAAGCAGCUCGGCACCCGUGGAUCGCUGGUGACACCGCGCUCUGCAAAAACAUCCACGAGUCUGUGAGCGCCCAGAUCCGGAAGAAUUUUGCAAAAAGCAAAUGGAGACAAGCGUUUAAUGCCACGGCGGUGGUGAGGCACAUGAGGAGGCUACAUCUCGGCAGCAGCCUGGACAGCUCAAGUGCAAGUGUUUCAAGCAGCCUCAGUCUGGCCAGCCAAAAAGAUUGUGCGCCUGGCACCUUCCACGCUCUGUAGUUUCAUUUCCUCUUCGUCGGGGGUCUCAGGAGUCGGAGCCGAUCGGAGACCCAGGCCCACCACUGUGACGACAGUGCACACUGGAAGCAAGUGACCGGCUCUGGAGGUGGGACCCAGGGAGCGGGUCCAGGGAAGGGGAGCCCCGGGGCCACCCUGCUGGUGCCUCCAUUGAGACCCUACCCCUGCCUGCAUGGUGCACCUUUCUGCGUAGGACUGGAAGACAAGUUUUUUAUGGCCAUAUUUUAUACUGCAAUUCUGAAGUGUUCAUUUCUCACAAACUGUACUGAACUCGAGGGGAGCUGGAUCAGUGGGGUCUGGUGCUGUAAAUACGAAUCUUGCAAAGCUCUAACUAAACGGACCGUCUUCUUCCUCCCCACCCCCCAGUUCUGUCAUUUCUAUUCUUUGCAGUGUAGACAGCCAUCUAGGUUGUAUUUUUUCAUGGAAAAAAAAAUGGUUUCAACUGGAUUAUUUAAGUAUUGGUAAAUAUUGUGCACUAUCAGUUUAUCCCUUUGAAGUAUGUCUUUGCUCUGUAUCUCAGUUACAUAACCUAUAUUGUUUGCUCUUCAAUAGUUCUGUGUUAAUCUUUAAGAGAUUUUUUUUCUUCCAAGGAGAAUUUAAAGAUAUUUUUAAAAAUUCUAAUAAGGAGAUCAAGAAUCUGUCUCCCAGGCUAAGAAUGAACUUUAUUUCCCUUUCUCUCCCCUUUAUGGGAGGGUCAGCUCUGAAUGAAGGUGUCCUGGCAGCUCUGGGGGGCUGUCUGCCCUCCAGCUUUGGGGAGCAUAUGCAGAACCCCCCACCAUGGCUACUUCAGCAAGCCCCAUGUCACCCACAGCAAGAGGAAGAAGCCUGCUCCUCGAGACCCAUAGCCAGACUUCACAGCGAACCAUGCUCUAUGAAUGCAAGACCCACAAAGGCAGGAUUCAAGAGUGUCCCUUCCCCAAGGGACAGGCUGCCAUUUGUGUAAGGUGACCCUGCAUGCAGCCCUCCUUCUCAUGAGGGAUAACAGAUGAAACUCUAAUCUCAGCUAUGCAGUUUUAAAAUGAAUCUCUUUCUGUUUUUCUAAAACACAUUUCUAAUCUUAUAUUUAAAAUGACCUCCAAAAUGCACACACACAACACGCAACCACGCACACACACACACAUUUCUGUACAUUUUUACCCAGCUUCAAAGAAGAAACUAUUUUUCUGGGGUGAUGCAAAGAGGUGACCGCCAAGCAGAACGCUGGUCACUGCAGAAACAGCCUCAUAGAGGCCCUGCCGAUGCACAAAGCCACUGUCAUGGGGGAUCAAAGCAAAGGCCUAUGGUUUUAGGGUCACCAGUUACCCCAGUUAUCUGGCACUGAAGGAUUUCCCAGGAUGUAGGUUGACUUCUAUUGCUAAAACUGGGGCUGGCCCAGGAAAACCAGGCCACCACAGGAAAACCACGUGGAGGCUGGGUGUGCAGGACAGAGUGAGCACAGCGUGCGACCCCAAGCCAGCCUAGAGGGAGGCUGUCUCAUGGAACCAGGCAGUGGAGCCCAGCGUUCCUCACACCAUCCGGCAUGCGUGGGCUCGGCUCCACAGCCUCUUACCCCACUGUGCUCCUGGGGUCCCUGCUGGUCCAGUGACUUCCUUGAUUGCUGCCUCCAUGCUGCAGUCCUGCAGAUGACCAGGUGUGGAAGGUCCUCUUGGGCAAAACUUUGUUACUUCUAUACUUUGCCUGUGUUUAGCAAUGCCUCCUUGCCACACACACACACAGCGUUACCAGGCUCACAGCCCCGGCUGUCCUCCCUAAGGACACCGGUGUAGGAAGUAUAAGGACAGCUAAAAAUACAAGAGGUUGGUACCUGUUCCCAUAUGCCUCAGAGGCAGACUCCCGCUUGGCUUCUGUCACACAAGUACACGGGGUGAGAAUUCAAGCUAUCACUCUUUCAGACCUGCAAAAAGCCUGGAAACGUCUUAUGAAAUGACAACAGGCCCAGUUAAGAAGCAAGUGUCACCUGCAUUGGAGACAUCAGCCUCUUCCCUUAAGGUAGACAAUGACUUAAGUGUUAGAAGCAUAUUUGAGAAAACUAAGGAGUCCGUCUAGGUUUAUGAGUGUGUUGCUUAUGAAUUAGUGUCACGGACACAUUCAGAGUCAUACAGUAUAAGGAAAAAAUUAAAUAAGAAGUUAAGGGGGUAAUAAUUAACUUGAGUAUGGUACUUCUGGGGUGAACGUAAGUCAUUAUGAGGUUUUUGUGCUACAUGUUAUAUGCAACCAUUUGCAAUUGGAAAACCAUUAAGCCAAAUUCUGCUACUGGUGAUGAAAAUAUUGUCUGGAGCUGACUUGGGAGGUGUACAUUAUAUUCAGUUCAUUUGAAAGUGUCUUGGGCCUGAAAAGUGUGGCACAGGGAAGAGUGGUACCUCGCAGAGGCAUCCACCAUGCCCACUGGUUUCAGAAUGAACAGAGAAAGGCUCCCUUCCAACAGCAGUGGGUGUUAUUUAUGUUUCAUUAUAAAACGGGAGAACACAGAGUGGACCUUUGCUUAAAACCUGAUAAAUGGAGGCUGAGUCCUGGGCCACUGGCUGACGCCAGAUUCCACCAGCAUUAGCUCAGCAUCUCCUCCAUGUGCUCAGUGUGUCUGGCUGAAGCCAAGGAUGGCACCUGGCACCUCUUGGGGUUCUUCUCUUGCCCUUCUCCCCCUUGGUCUCUUCAUCUUCUCAGUGCAAGUGGGUUUUUUGUUCUCAUGGAGAUAAAAGAGCAGGCUUUCCCUCUGCUGCCAGCCUGUUCCGCCCUGAUCUUCAGUUCCUAAGUGAGACAGGAAGAACAGCUACUACUCAUCUGAACCAACAGAGAGUGGCACCCACACUUAGGCCCCAGCAGGCCUGCCGCUUGUCAUUCCUACCCAGGGGACCCUUUUGGCUGGGCUGUUCCUGCCUCACCAUAGCCCUGCUUUCCAGAGCCACUGAGGUCUGGAGCCUCAGACAGGGAAAGGGCACAGGAGCUGGAGCGGGGAAAAACAGGGCAUGUCUAGGUGGCAGGCACAGAGGAAAGAGAAGCCGCCAUCCCCCAAAGCACCUGGCCCCCUUGGAGAAUAGAGACGAUAACCCACCCCCUUCAAAUCUCCUCUUAAAAGGAAGAAUUAUGCAGCUAGCAUGCAAAAAAAAAAUGUAGGCAUGGCUUAAUGUUUUUGACUUUGAUCCUUGUUUCUAAAAUCUGGAGAAUGGGGAUCAACCCCUGGGACACGGGCUUGUGGCUUUGAGAGGGUCCCACUAUCUAACUCAUUCUUAGCAUAGUAUCCAGGGACCUGGGCAUUUAGGGCUGGGGCUUCUUUCUGAAGCCACUGUGGCUGAACAGACAAAGGUUUGGCUUUUAGAAAUCAUUAGCUGUGCAAUAAAAAGAAUCAGUCCCAGACUCAGUUUACCCACCCAGCAUUAACCUCAUGCUGUGCAUUUGUCCCCCUUAGCGUCCUGUGUGGCCUGGGUAGACUAUCAGUGUGGGAGAGACUGCCCUUUGGAGCAAAGGCCAAGGAAAAGGGAACUUCAUUGGUUCCCUGGUGAAUCAGGAUUGAUUCCGUGGUGUAAUGACACUUAGCAUGAGUAACCCAUUGGCUCUCACAUUUUAGGAGCAGUUUUAAAGAGAAAGAAAAGACCAUAUCCCAGUGGAGCUAGACAAGGUGUUUUAGAGCUCUGGAUGCCCAGAUCCUGAGUUAGAAAUGUUUUUCAUUCUGGGGAAGCCACGGUGGAGCCACAGAGGCAGAGCCAAGGACAGGGGUCCCAGGCUAGGACCUGCUCCAGUCCACAGUAUGCUCUCCGGGUAACCCCCAUGCAGUGCUGAUGGAGCUCCUUUGCAGCAUGCAAAGAGGGCGAGGGCUGGCAAAGAGCAGUUCCUCCCAUCUUCCAUGGCAGAAGUCAGACAAAUAAGUCUCCUAGGUCUGCAGAGUCCCGCGGGCAAGUGGCACGAAGGUUCUUCCUUUCUGCCAGUGCAGGAGCCCCUGCAUGUCCCGCAGUCUUCUUCCUCCUGUUCCUCCACAGGGUUUGCCUUGUCCUGAAACACAUUCCAGACCAAACACUGUUCAGUUUGUUUCCAAAAGAAAAAAACUAUGUAUAUAAGUCUAUGUCAUCUACCACUGUUCUUAGGGGGUACCUGGUCCUAUGCGGGGGCUGUAAGCGCAUUUGACCUUUGUCCAAGGUGUUCCAAUCCUUUCAUGUUUCAGAACUGAAAGUGUAAGGUUAAAAAAGCUGAUCUGGGAGAACAGAUUGGUAAAACAGGGAUUCACUUCCUGAGACCGCCAAGGGCAUUCGCGUGCAGAUGAGAUAGCUUGAACACCCCUUGGGUGGCAGGAACAUGUAAGGAAGAAGAGGAGCAGGAAGACAAAAGCCCAUGUCCCCUCACAAGGUCCCUUCUUCGAGGUCCCAGUGCAUCAUGGUACGCGCACAGGAGCUGGCCCUGCUGCGAAGCCCACCAUGCAUGACGGCUAUAGCCUGGCCUGCCUCCUGCUCCAGCAGUAGCCACACCUCCAGAAUCUUCCCAAAAGACUUCCCCCUUUCCAGAUGUCCCUGCCACCCGCAGUGGGAGCAGCUAACCUUGUGGCUUUGGGAGCUUUGCUUCCGCAAACCUAAUGGCUGUGCAUUUGGAAGCCGAACACCUAGCAUGUGACCGCCAAGUCUGGUUUUGUGGACAAAGCAAACUAUGGAAUGGCUUUUCGGUGUCCGUAUCUUUCUACACCAAAGGGACAAACUGUGGCAUUCGCCCUUUGUACUAAGGCUGCUUCUGCAUUCAUCUGUUUUUAACCUUUUUGUCUCCAGGGAAUUUCUUAUGUGAUCAUUAUGUCAUCUGAUGAUUUGCUGUGUUAUUUUAUGUAUAGGUGAUUUGAUUUUCCUAUGAGCAGGAAAAAGAAAAUGAGAGAAAGAUUUGAGGCUUUAGUCAUAGAGACAGCACUAGGGAUGCAAAACCCUCAAGUGCUACCUAAGCUGCUGCUUAAGAGAAAAUCUUAUUGUGAACAGACUAGGAUUCCUAGCCCUCCACAAAGCCUAUUUUGGGUGAAAGGGCCUUGGGGAAGAGUUGGCAGCCAGGCUGUGACAAGGAAGGAGAGGAGCAGUUCUGAUGUUUGUCCUGCAGCACUGAAGCCUGCUAGUCUCUUUGUGGGACACCUGGCUGUUUGGGGGUAAUGUGAGAUACUAUCCAAAUGUCAGUAGUGCCGGGGGUUUAGCCCAGUGACACAGCACCUCCCUGGCAAGUGCAAGGUCCUGAGUGUGAUUCCAGGUACCAAAACAAAUGUCAACAGAAAAGCUGCAAGAUUGCAGUAGCAUCUUCAUCUAGAAUGACAGGGUGGUACAUUUCAGAGAACAUUUACCUUGGUCCCGCACUCAAGGAAAAAGACAUCAAAGGUACAUUCUGCCCAGAAUCAACAUUGGAACAUUUUCCAAAUUAGCUUUUGUAGCUAUACAUAAUCUUCCCCUUGUUUUGACAACACCCCCCUACAGUAAGCAUGUUUUCCAGACGCUUACAAUGUCGAAUCCAGGAACCGUCCCCAUGUCUACUAUUAACAGGCUUGCAAUUGGUUCAGUUUUUCCAUUACAAAAAAAAUGCUUGUCCAAAAGAAGAGAAACUGCAUUUAUCCCAUGCAUGUAAUAAACUGCAAGAAGUUUAACCCCCAUAGGUUUGCAGCACUGCAAAAUUGUUCAUGGGUCUAUGUCGCAAAUGAUUCUCUGCCUUGACAAUCAUGUAAACAUAUCGAAGUUUCUAUCAUAAUGGCAAGAUUGAUGAAUUCUUGUUUUCCUCCAAUAAAGACAGUUAAUCACCUUCA